CCCACUCGUCUGUGCAAAGGUUUCUCUGCUCGUAUUUUUCUGAGAACAGCUUCGGGAUGCGUCUUCCACCCAAAUCGAUUUGAGGGGUUUGAUUUUAAUCGAAUCAAAUCUCUCUCUCUCUCUCUAGAAAUUCUUUCCAACAAUCCAGAGGCGAUUUGAGUUGAAGCGGGUAGAAAUGCUUGGCAGAAAAGAAAUUUGAAUAAGAAGGUGAAGCCCUUGUAAUAAUGUGGCGUAGUUGGUUCCAAGGUUUAUGCGUCUGCCAACAUUGCAAUGGAGUCUAUUGAUGAGCUAUGGAUCAGUGUAUAAUUGCUGAUGAAAGAACAGCACAGCAUCGCAUAACUUUGCGAGUUUGCCAGUAUUUGUCUUAAGGCUCUCCCUUCUACUGGAUACAGCCCUUCCUCUCUUCAAAUUUUCAAUCAGCCUGUAAUGGCUACCAUGGACCCAUCCCCACCUUUGGAGAUUUUAGUUCGAGAACCCAAAGGAUUCUCUCUCUGGACUGGACCGCCAUUCAGCAAUGGUCAGCCACGCAUCAAGCUUGAAAGAGUUUCUUGCACUUCUGUAAAAUUAAGCGAAAAUGGAUCCAGGCUUAUGGUGAUGAAAAGCAACUCUGUUAUCAGCAUUUACGACUGCUGCAUCUCUGCCGAGAUAAGAUCCUUUGAAAUCCCUGCUGUUCUUGCAGCUAUCUUGUCCCCAUGUGGAACAUAUCUCCAGACAUUCCAGAAAUCCUCAACACCACAGGAGAAGAACUUGGUUUUGUGGGAAACGGAGACGGGUACUGCUGUUUAUCAUCAGUUCCAGAAGAACAUGUCAAAAACCACAUGGCCAUCAAUCCAAUUUAGCUCCAAUGAAGCUGUUGCAUGUCGCUUGGCGACGAAUGAGAUACAAUUUUUCGAUGCAAAGGACUUCACUAAAGGCAUUCUUUAUAAGCUCAGAAUUCCCGGUGUAGCUGCACUUGAGCUUUCCAAGGAGCCCGGAUCACACAUUGCAGCAUUCAUUGCUGAAUCUAAGGGAAUUCCAGCUAGUGUCCAGAUUUUUUCCUGUGACAAGGAUGCACAGGCUCAGCCUGUUGCUCGGCGAAGUUUUUUCCUGUGCUCCACGGUGCAACUGCACUGGAACUAUGGUGCAACAGGACUUCUGGCAGUGGCACAGUCUGAUGUUGAUAAAACCAACCAGAGUUACUAUGGUGAAUCAAAGCUGAAUUACUUGACAACUGAUGCGAGCCAUGAAGGACCUGUGCUUCUACGUAAAGAAGGGCCUGUUCAUGAUGUUCGGUGGUCUUCUUCUGGUUCGGAAUUUGCUGUUGUUUAUGGAUUUAUGCCUGCAAAAGCAACAGUGUUUGACAGGAAGUGCAACCCACUACUUGAACUUGGAACAGGUCCUUACAAUACAAUAAGGUGGAACCCAAAAGGAAAGUUUCUCUGUCUGGCGGGUUUCGGUAACUUGCCUGGUGAUAUGGCUUUUUGGGACUAUUCUGAGAAAAAGUUGCUUGGAACAACAAAGGCAGAAUGCUCUGUUACAAGCGAAUGGUCUCCCGAUGGACGCUACUUCAUGACUGCAACAACGGCACCCAGGCUACAGAUAGAUAAUGGGAUAAAAAUUUUCCACCACAAUGGAUUAUUGUACUUCAAGAAGAUGUUCGACAAGUUAUACCAGGCUGAAUGGAAACCAGAAGCACCUGAAAAUUUUGGUGAUAUUGCUGAACUUGUGAAGUCCGUCGAGACAUUAAAGAUCAACGAACCUAAACAAGUGCAAGCUUCAAAAUCUUCACAAGCAUCCACAAAGGCUGCCGCCCUGCCCACACAGAAACCAGCUGCGUAUCGCCCACCCCAUGCAAAAACUGCUGCUGUAGUUCAGGCAGAGCUAUUUGGCGGAAGUGGCCCUUCAGAAGAAAUGAGCAAAAAUGCAUUGAGAAACAAGAAGCGGAGAGAGAAACAGAAGGAGAAGAAGUCAGCAGAGGCAUCAUCUGGUGCCAAUGGUACUUGAUCAGUGUUCUCCUAUUUUCGAUCCUCUGCAUGGUUUCCAAGAAACUUAUCGCAGGCUGAGAUUGUUGAAUGAAAUUUAUUGUGGAAAUCUUAAGAGAUUUCAAGCAUAAAAGCAAAGAAGAGCAACGCUUGCCCUGUGUCUCCUGUUGUUUUGGUGUCCUGGGUGGUUUGGGUUCUAUUCUUCUUUAUUGGGAAUCCCAAUGUUUGCAUGCCACCUGCAUCAAAUUGCUGCUGUUUUCUUUUUUUUCCUUUUUUAUGUUUCUUGUUUUCUUUUCUUCUUCUUUUUUUCCUUUGUUCAUGUUUCUUUGUUUGUGUUUUUUCCCCCCUAGAAGAGCACAAGAACAUGUCUAAAGAUACCACCAACUUUGCCAAUCCAAGUUGUGUGAGAUUUUUCAAAGUUUGUUUAAGGCAGUCCCCUCCUUUUUUAUAUAUACUGAACAUGAGACUUAUAUAAGCUCUUGUUCAAAUCUAAGUUUAUAGGUUCGGACUGUUGAGAACAUUGUUUGGAGCGGAUUAUAUUCGAACAUUGCUAGGCUUCUUCUGGAGCCAUUUGAGACUA